AUGACUGUUGAAAGGACCGAGGGAAAUGCACAGAAUUCUAUUCUUCCAUCAGAAGUAGCAACAAUUGAAGAAAAUUCUAUUAAAGUGCCUGAUGUUCUUAAACAAAUUUUAUACAAUUAUCAGAGGGUUUUUGACAUACCUAUAGGGUUUCCACUAGCCAGGAUAUGUGAUCAUAGGAUUACAUUGCAACCAAAUUCUAGGCCAGUCAAAGUGAGAUCUUAUUGGUACCCACAUAGCCAAAAGACUGAAAUAGAAAAGAUGGUGGAACAAAUGCUUCAUAAAGGAUUGAUUGAGCCAAUGAAGGAUGCUUAUCCAAUUCCAGCCGUUGAUGAGUUAUUAGAUGAGCUGAGUGGUGCUAAAUUUUUUUCUAAGUUAGAUUUAAGAUUUGGCUAUCAUCAGGAAUACCAUUCAUCUAGAAUUGGUGGACACUCAGGUUCUCUCAGAACUUUUGCUGGUUUAGCAUCACAGUUCUUUUGGAAGGGUAUGAGAAGGGAUUUACAUGAAUUUGUUAGGAACUGUCUUACAUUUCAGUGA